AUGAAGAUUCCACAGAUCCUUGCGUUUGCUGCUGCUGCCACAGCAGUCAGUAUUCCACGCUCUGAGAGCUCACCUUCCCCAGUCACAAACGUAACUAUCUUUACACCACCCUCCGACUACAACAUCCCACGCACGCUCUACCCCCGCAAUGAGCAACUUCCCAAUGGUGAUAUCCUUGCAACAUGGGAGAACUAUUCCCCAGAGCCGCCACUGGUCUACUUCCCUAUCUACCGCUCUAAGGAUCACGGAAAGACUUGGAAGGAGAUUUCCAAGGCCCAGGAUACUGCGAAUGGAUUUGGACUGCGUUACCAACCGUUCCUCUAUUACCUUCCGGAGCGAGUCGGUUCAUUCAAGAAAGGCACCCUGCUGCUAGCAGGUAGUAGUAUCCCCACAGAUCUCUCGUCUACCAACAUUGAUCUGUACGCAUCGAAUGAUGAUGGCGUCACAUGGAAGUUUGUCAGCCAUAUUGCGGCCGGAGGAGAGGCACAGCCGGUGAAUGGAUUGACUCCUGUGUGGGAGCCUUUCCUCCUUGCUCAUCAGGGCAAGUUGAUCUGCUAUUACUCCGAUCAGCGAGACAACGCAACAUACGGACAAAAGAUGGUUCACCAGGUCUCUACUGAUUUGAAGAAAUGGGGACCUGUUGUAGAUGAUGUUGCGGAAUCGACUUACACUGAUCGACCAGGAAUGCCAGUCGUGACCAAGCUCCCGAACGGCAAAUACUUCUACAUCUACGAAUACGGCUCCUUCUUCGGCACUUCAAGCUACUCCUUCCCUCUUUACUACAAGAUCUCAUCCAACCCUGAAGACUUCCUCUCAGUCGAGGGCCAGCGUCUUGUUGUCUCCAGUGGCACUAAGCCAACCUCUUCGCCAUACAUCGUGUGGACCAAAUAUGGCGGCAAGAACGGCACCCUCAUUGCCAGCUCCGGUACUCAGAGUACUCUAUUUAUUAACAAGGCUCUGGGUGAGGGCGAAUGGACUGAAAUUGCGUCGCCUCAGGAACAUAGUUAUACGAGGGCGUUGCGUGUCCUUGAAGAGGAUGGCGGUCGCUACCUGAUGGUGCAUUCGGCAGGCGUGUUAUCUGGCACUGCUAACCGGGUCUCGGAGAGCAUUAUCGAUCUAAAGAAGGUCUUAUAG